AUGGAUGCAUUAGUUUCCAUUAAUUUAAACUGGGGAAUGAUGUUCCUCAUUCAGACCACUGUUGGAAUCUUUGGCAAUUCCUUCCUCUUUCAUCUGCAUGACUUCCCGGUUUUCACUGCACAAGUGAUGAGACCCACACACUUGAUUCUCAAUCAGCUCAUCAUAGCAAACAACCUGGUUCUUCUCUCCAAAGGGAUCCCUCAGACAGUGGCCACUUUUGGGUUGACAUCAUUCCUGGGGGAUGCUGGGUGCAAACUUAUCCUCUGUUUGUACAGAGUGGCCAGAGGGGUCUCCCUCAGCACCACCUCCCUUCUCAGUGGCUUUCAGGCUAUUAAGCUUCACCCCAAUACUUCUGGGUGGCUGAGCCUCAGAAUUAGAUCCUCAAAGUGGAUUGGCACCUGCUGUUUCCUUUGCUGGAUCCUGCACCUCAUGCUCAAUGUCCAUGUAACCAAGAUUGCACAUGCCCCACAGAACAGUAAAAAUCUGACUGCCAAAGGAAUCCACAGAUACUGUUCCUCCACCAUGCCUGAGAGAAUGGGUUUCUUACUAACAGGAGUGAUUUUAUCCCUAAGUGAUAUUAUGUGUCUGGUCAUCAUGGCCUGGGCCAGUGGCUCCAUGGCCCUUGUCCUACGUAAGCACAAGCAGCGAGUCCAGUAUAUCCGGAGCCACAGCCUGUCCCCAAAGCCUGCCCAUGAGGACAGAGCCACACGGACCAUCCUGAUCCUAGCGACCAUGUUUCUCUCCUUUUACACUCUCUCUUCCAUCUUUUCACUUUGGAUAACCCAGAGUGUGAACCCAAGCCACUGGAUGCUGAAUACCUCUGUGCUAAUUUCCCUGGGCUUCCCCACACUCAGCCCCUUUGUAUAUAAUUGUAGUGAUUCUUCCGCUUUUCAAUGUUCCUUCUUUUCUUGUACAAAGAAAGCAGAAUGUCCAACUAUAGUCUCAGCAUAA